UUACUGCUAUGUGACAGUUCUAGAGAGGCAGAGCUUGUAAACGGAAAAGUUUGUAGAAAUUAAGGAGAAGCAGGAGUGAGAUUUACAAACACACCUGGAUCAGAAGGUGAACUUAACCUUAAACUUUUAGGAUGUUCAAGAGGAAUAAAGACAGCACAGUGAAAGAUGAUUCCAAGAUAAACAAAACACAGGUGAGCAGUCUGGCCUUGCUGAUUGCACGUAUGCAGAAAAAUGCAGACACUGUUGAGAAAGAUGUACUGCGCGCAGAGGAGCUGCUGCUCAUUGAUGCUGACAAUGAGAAAAAUAAUAAGAUAUUACAGCAUCAGAAGGAAACGGCAGAUCUCUUAGGCCGGGCAGAAGGACUCCUGAAAGAUCUGUUUUUGGAUAUGGACAAAGCCAAGAAACUGCAACACCCUCAGGCAGGAGAAAUAGAGAAUGAUGUCAGUCGCCUUCAUGAGCGUUGGCUGAAAGACUGUUCCCUUUACCGAGAGCUGUAUGAGCCAUUGAACGAGGUGGAACUUCAGCCAAGAAUUAACUGGGCUCUGGUACUAAACCAAAAACAGAAAGAUGCAAGCAAAGAGGAGUAUGGCCCAACACUGGCUGACCUGAAAAAGCAGAUCGCAGCUCAUAAUAUCCUUCAUAAAGAGAUUGAGUCUUACAACAAUCAGCUAAACCCUGGAUCAACCAGUUCUCAGGAGGAAUAUGCUGCCAUUAAGAAACAAUAUGCCAACCUACUGGAUAACUCAAAAUGGCGACGUCAUUAUCUCAACAGUCUGUAUGACUACAUGCAAGACUGUGACAAGGAGGUGGCAUACAUGAAGGAAGAGCAGAACAAGAUUCUUAAACAGGACUGGAGUGAUCAGCUGGUCGACCAUGCUGAUGUUCGCAGACAGUAUGAGAGCUUCAAGAAUAACAGUCUGCUGGCCCAUGAAACUGAGGUCAACAAAUUGCAGGAUGAUGGUGACAGAUUGAUUGAGUUGAAACAUCCUGCUGCCAGCACUGUGCAGGCCCAGAGAGACACAGUAAGAAAUGAAUGGCAGAAGUUUCUGAAUCUUUGCAUCUGUCAGGAAACACAUCUGGACAAUAUAGAGGAAUACAAAAAGUACCAACUGGAUGCAGACACCUUGUCUGAGUCUUUGUCCAAGCUUGGCUCCACUGUUGAUGCCAAAACAGUCAAUGGCAAAACCAGCACGGAAAUUCAGAUGCAGCUUCAGGGUGAAGAAAGACCUUUACAGCGCAACGAGCAGCUAUUGGCUGACAUGAGAAAGCGAAGCACUACAAUCAUUCCAUUAAAACUUCGCCGCACUCCUCCAAGCAAAACUACUACGGUUGAGUCUCUAUGUGACUGGAAAACUCCUAAGGCCACAUUAAACAGAGGAGAGCUGUUCAAUCUAAAGUCCAACACAGACAAUGACAACUGGGAAGUUCAGUCCAGUGAUGGGACUAGCCAAAAAUUUCCUGGAGUUUGCUUUAUGAUUCCUCCACCUGAUCAUGAGGCUAUUAAUCGAGUUGACCUGCUUGGGAAGGAGUUAGAAGAUUUAAAGAAAAGACGGGCUGCACUGAGAACUUUGCAGAACAAUCAACAAUCCAAAGCCACUUUAUCACAGGCUCCAGUUCCUGCUCCCAGAGCUGAGGAAAAUCCUAAAGCUGCAGUGCUGGCUAACCGUCUAAACCAAAUGGAUAAAGAUCUAGGUAAAGUUGAGAUGGACACUCUGAACUGUUUAAGAAGCCCACUAAACCGCACUGACCCUGCCACAGACCUUGCUAAACGUCUGCAGGAGCAAGAGAAAACAACUGCAGCACUUCAGCAGCUGGAAAAACAGAGGGUUGCAGCCCAAAUGGAAAUGGAACCUCUACUUUCAAAAGACUCAAAUGGGCCAACUUCCUCUACUUUACUCCAAAACCUCAGUGAUGCCAAAAAUAAACAGGAGAGUCUAGCUGCUCUGAAUAGUCUCUACAAAAAGAAAGCAAAUGCCUCUAUGGUUUUGGAGAGACAGCUUAGGCAGAUGGACAACACUGUCUCAGGCUUUGAGAAACAGCUAAGUGAUGAUGGUGCCAUUCCUGACAAGCCUAGUGCCAUUCAGACACGUACACAGGAGAUUCAGGGUUUAAAAAGAGACAUUGCUGGUUCUCAAAAUGAGAUGCAAAAGCUAAGUGAGGAACUAGAGGCACUUAAGAAGCUAUGCAGUUCACUUCAGCAGGGUUACCAAGAAUACUGCCCUGAUGUACGCAGACAGGAAGCAGAAGUGAAGAAUCUUCAAAGCCGAUACUCCAAUGUGAUCAACCAGCUGAGUGAAAGAGAAAGGCUUUUGCAGGAAGCUAACACAAAACAUCAGGACUUUCAAAAUGUGAGCCAAUCACUGAGCUUACUCUUAGAUAAUUUACCGGACAACAAGGUUAGCCCCAAAGAUGAUUUGUCUCAAAUCCAAGCCAAGCAGAACUCUCAAAAGAGGGUAAUAGAAGACAUACAGAGGAAAGGUGAUGACAUGAACAGAGUAGUUGAUCUCUCCAAGGAUCUCCAAAAUGUUCUCAACGAAUAUGAGGUGAAUUGUGAUAAGUACAAAGCUAUUCUUGAUGACACAACUGUGACAAAUGCUAAAAGGCUUCACACCUCUACCCUAGCAAGCUCUGUUGCUAAACAGGAGAAAGAUCUUACUAACCAGUAUGCUGAGACCGCUGCUGAGAGUGACCAGUUACUCAAACAAAUAAACUUUGCAAAGGGCAUUGUGACUGAGAAUGUGGAACAAGUCAACACUAUACAACAACAGCAACAACAGCAGUUGCAACAAAAAGCCUCUGAGGACACUGAAGUUCUUCAGAAAGAAUUAAAGGAGGAAAUUGCCAAACGUACUAAUGCAGAGAAUACACUGGGCACCAUCAAAAACAGAUAUUUAUCUCUGAAGAGCAGAAGAGGAAUAGAGCGAGUUGAGGAGAAAGAGAUACUGCAGUAUUACCGUGACCCAAAACUUCAGGCCAGCGUGGACGACUUUCAAAAAAAGAUUCAUGAAGAAGCAUUGAAACGCACCAAAACACAGAGUGAGAUUGAGGUACUGAACAGAAAGAUCACUAGCCUAGAGAGCGAACUUAAGAACACCAAGCCCAAGCUAGUCACAAGAGAAGUGACAGAGGUAGAGAGAGACCCUCAACUAGAUGUGGAAUCAUCAAACAUUCAUGAAAGCAUAAGCAAAUUGAGUAGGGAACUAAGAGUUAAAGAACAAGAGAAGGCUAAGCUGCAAACAGAGAUGACAAUUUUAGAGCAAAAGAAGCAAAACAUAAAAGAGAAGGUGAUGCAAAAGGAAGUGGUUAGACUUGAAAAAGAUCCAGAAAUGUUGAAAGCAGUUAGAACAUUUGAGUUGGAUAUCUCAGAUGAAGGAGAAAGGUGCAAGUCACUGAAGAGUGAAAUCUCUCAAACCAGGAGUAAUAUAAGUUCUCUUGAGAGACUCAUCCCAACAUUGGAGCCAAAAGUGGUCACAAAAGAGGUAAAAAGAGUGGAGCAGGACCCUGUACUUAUAAUGGAGUCCAAAGAGCUUCUAACUAAAAUAGAAGAAGUGAGAAAUGAGAACAAAAGUCUCAUGUUUGAGCUUAGUAACUUUCAAUCACGUCAUGUCCAGAUACAACAGAUGAAGCCCAAAGUGGAGGUCAAAGAAAUCAUAAAUGAAAACUUCAGAGUGGCCCCUGAAACAGAAGCAGAAAUGCAACGCUUGAGAAGAGAGCUUCAAGACAACAGCAGGCAGGGCUCAGACUUUGAGAGACAAAUUAGCUUUGUCAAAACAGAACAUGCAGCUCUUCAAGCACAGAAACCCAAGGUUGAGUACAAGGAAGUAGUCCAGGAGGUUGUAAAAGAGGAACGAAGUCCUGAGAAUGUUAGAGAGAUACAGAGGCUUUCUGAUCAAGUAUAUUCCCUGCAAAAAACCUACAGCAAUUUGCAAAAUGAUCUUAUUCGUUUAAGAAAAGACAGGGAUGAGUGGAAAGCUGAAAAGUCAAAGGUAGAGACCAAGAUUGUCACUAAAGAGGUAACAAAGUAUGUUGACGACCCACUUCUAGAGAAAGAAGUUGAUCGUCUCAGGAGAGAGGUCCGCGAGGAAACUCAGAGGCGCAGAACAAUAGAGGAAAUGGUGUUUGAUCUUCAGAAUAAAUAUAUUCAGCUUGAGAGACAAAAACCUGAGGAAAAAGUUGUAGUACAAGAGGUAGUGCGUCUACAAAAGGAUCCAAGGCAGAUCCUUGAUCAUGAUAGGUUAGGAAGGAACCUAGAUGAAGAAGUGAAGAACAGGAGAAAACUAGAACUAGAGGUACAGCAGCUGAGAGCACUUAUAGAAGACAAGGAGAUAGCAAUCCGGAGCAGUGAUGAAAAGCAAAAAAAGAUCCAGGUGGAAACUGAGCUGAGACAAAUUAAAUCCAGAAUUCAUGAGCUAGAAACUGCCCCACCUCCUAUUGAAGAGAACAUAGUCAUAGAGGAAGUUCUGAAAGUUGAAAGGGAUCCAAAACUUGAUAAACUGACAAAUGGUCUUCGCACAGAUAUGGAUAAAGAAAGCAGUGACAUUAUGCGUUUAGAAAGAGAUAUCAGGAAAUUGGCACUUGAUAUUGAAAUCUUGCAGCGAGAGAAGUCAGUUGAGAAGACCAUCUAUAAAGAGGUUGUUCGUGUAGAGAAAGAUCAAGCACUUGAAGCAGAACGAUCCCACCUUAGAGACCAGUUCCUUCAGGAGAAAAAUGUUAGACGAGACCUUGAGGAUGAACGCCAUCGUCUAGAUGAGAAACUACAGCAACAAGCAAGCAAAAAAACAACAAUGUCGCUGGAGGAGACCAACCUAGUUCAUGAUCGGGACAAGCUGCAAAGAGAAAAAGAAAACCUUCAGAGAGAACUGAGAUCUUUGGAAUCUGAAAGACAAAACAUCACCAUCUCCUUCCACCAGCAUUCUAGGCUGAUGAGUGAAAGAAACCAAAUGAAUAGGCAAAGAAGCAUUAAAAUGGAAUCAGAUGGUCAGAGGCUGGAAAGGGAGAUCCUUGAUGAAAAGGACAAAAUUCACAAACGAGAUAACAUCAUUAGGGAGCUGCAGAACAGUUUAAGGAAGGAGGAUUUCUCUGAGAUGCGCACUAAAGAAGUCAACGUUUCAACAAAGAUAAGCAUCUUGGACCCCAACACUGGAAAAGAUAUGUCACCAUAUGAUGCCUAUAUGCAAGGCUUCCUCGAUCGCAAUAAAUACUUACAGUUACAAGAACUGGAGUGUGACUGGGAGGAAAUCACCACAAUGGCACCCGAUGAUGAGAUAUUGGUUUUGCAAGAUCGCAAGAGUGGUAAACAGUACUCCAUCAAAACUGCACUAAAAGAAGGCAAGGUGACUAAAUACCAACUACAACAGUAUAAGGAUGGCAAAAUGCCUAUUUCAGAGUUUGCUCUUCUUGUAGCUGGUGAAAAAAAAUCAUUGUCAUACACUCCAGUUAACAGCCAAUUGACUCAACAGCUUAAAGAAGAGUUUCCUGUAUGUGGUGUAUAUGAUGUACACACAGAUUCAUGUGUAAGUGUGCGCAGUGCCAUGAGUCGAAAGAUGAUUGACACCAACACUGCCCAAAAGCUUCUUGAAGCACAAGCAGCAACUGGAGGUAUCGUGGACAUCAGCAAUGGAAUAAAAUAUUCGGUACACAAAGCAGCUGAUCGAGGUCUGAUUGAGUCUAGUCAGCUACAGAGGUUACUAAAUGCUCAAAAGGCCUUCACCGGAGUUGAGGAUCCUAUGACCAAAGAACGUCUGUCGGUUGGAGAGGCUGUACAAAAAGGCUGGAUGCCCAAAGAAAAUGCGAUGAGAUACAUGGAGGCACAAUUUCUGACAGGCGGGUUGGUCAACCCCAACAAACCAGGAAGAGUUAACAUUGUGGAUGCAGUCAGCUCUAAGAUGAUUGACAGUACAAUGAUGAGAGAGCUGCAGGAAGAGAUCAAUUAUGCUAAAGAGCUGACUGAUCCAAUCACAAAGGAAAAGAUCAACUACAAGCAAGCUUUGGCUCGUUGUAAGAUAGACCCACUCUCAGGUCUUCCAAUGUUUCAUGCUUCCUCCAAAAAUUCUGUCUAAACUUCCUUAUAUUUCAGUCAUACAUAGCCACUCAUAGUCUACAUUGGUUUACAUAAUGUAUUCAUUUAAUCCAUUAACUUGUUUCUGUACUAUCAACAUAACAAUUUCUCCUUGUCAUACAAAAAACAAAAACAAAAAAAAAGACCCUCACCAAUUGCGUUUCAUGGGUGUGGUAGGUUUUUUUACAUUCGUUUUGCCACAAAUUUCAGAACCUUGGUUUCAAUUUUCAAAACUCUAGACACAAAAUUCACAACCAUUGCUAAAAUUGCACAAUUUUUUUUUAUUCUUGGAUGAAAUACACAUCAAAUACACUAUAAUCACCUUUUCAAUAUAAUACAAUUAAACAUCAAAUUGAUCCCAUUUCAAUAUGCAACUCAAACAUUACAUUUGAAACAACUGUGCAUUUAUUUAAUAAACACAAUGUAACUAUCAACUGAUACAACCUACGGUGGCCGAGAGAGCUGAGCACGCUGCAAUUUAAGAAAGCACAUGCAAUCACAAAAAAACACCAGCAAAUUAAUAAACGAUCUUCAUCAAUUUGACAGCACACGUGCUGCAAAUUCUCACAACACAAACAACUGAAGAAAGGCGGAGCAAUUGGUCACAACACAAACAUUAAUAAAAGGCGCUGCAUUUCACACACAACACAAACAUGAAUAAAACGCACUGCAUGUCACACACAACACAAACAUUUUAUUAAUGUUUGUGUUAUGUGGAAAAUACAGCGUGUUUUAUUUAUGUUUGUGUUGUGUGGAAAAUUCAGCGUGUUUUAAUGUUUGUGUUGUGUGGGAAAUGCAGCGCGUUUUAUUUAUGUUUGUGUUGUGUGGGAAAUGCAGCGCGCUUUUUUAAUGUUUGUGUUGUGUGGGAAAUGCAGCAUGUUUUUUUUAUGUUUGUGUUGUGGGAAAUGCAGUGCGUUUUUUAAUGUGUUUGCGUUGUGAGGAUUUGCAGCAGGUGUGGUCAAAUGGAUGAAAUUUUCGUAAUUUGCUGGUGUUUUUUGUAAUUACAUGUGUUUUCUUAAAUUGCAGCACAUUAAGCUCUCUUAGCCACCAUAACAAGCACUCAAAAUGAUAAAUAACUUUUGCAUUACUCUCGAAGCAGGGAAACUGAUGUACAAUAUUACAAGUUGAGAUGAUGUAAAUUUCAGGAUAGAUCAAAUGACAUCAGUUACCACAGAAGAUGACCAUCUGGACUACAUUAUCACAUGGAUUUCAUCCUUAUUUUAUAUAGAUAUGGUUUCUAUGUUUUAUGUACCACUUUUGCAGACAAUGCUUUCAUACUUGACAUUAUUGUAUAAAAAAACCCCUCAAUCACAGCAGACCAAUGUCAGGCCUGGAUUCACAUUGACAGAAGGUUCUUUCAAAGUUGUUACUAAUGUGACUAAUGAAAAAACCACUGUGAUGUAGAUGAGAACCUGUAACCAAAUCAAGACCAGACUGAUGGAAACACAGAUGCCAAAAAAAAAAAAAUCAGAUAUAUGGAAAUAUAUGCAAAGUAAACAUGACAUACUAGUUCAUAUGGAUUUCACAUAUAUAAAAUGUCAAAAUAUUGCAAAAAUUGCCAUUUUUUCAACCAUUAUAUUUAAAAGAGAAACACUAUUGUUAACUUUGCUAUUCUGCUUUUUUUUUCUCAGUAAACCUACAUUAUGACUGAAUGAAUAAAACUUUAAUUCAGUAAAUCCACUGUCUGUACUAUUCCUUUUAUACAUAUGUGUAAACCAUAAUGUAACGCUAUAGAUUUUUUUUCAUGUUAAAAUGAAACCAUAUAUUUUAAAAAAUGACCGUUAAUGGUUGUUUAUUGAAACGGUGUGUAUUUUGUGUGUGGGUGAUCUAAAGUUAUGUUCCUGUAGUAUUUGUAUGAUAGAAGGAUUAUGUGAACCAAUGAAUUUGCAAAUGUCUAAAGAAAGGAAAGCAACAUUCAAAGUUUUGAACACUGGAAAGUCUGUGAUAAAAGUAGUGAGUGUUUAGAAUUUUGUGUCUAGAGUUUUGAAAAUUGACAUCAGGGUUCUGAAAUUUGUGGCAAAAUGAUUCUAAAAAACAAGUGUAAUUGUAUACCAGAUAAAAACUGUUUUAAAAUUACUGAUUACAAGUUAAUACAUGUUUAAUAAAUGUUUAGAGGUGCACAACAAAAACCUUUAAAGGUUGUAAGUAGUCAUACUCAAUCAGAAAUAUAUUGUAAAUGUGCAGCAUAGAUCAGAUUAAGAUCUAUAAACAAUCUAUUUUAUAUCUCAGGCGCUAUAAUAUUUGCCAAUUUGACCGUAGUAAUUCAAUUGAACGUAGUCUUUUAAGUGUUGAAAAAUAGUGUUGAGACAUUUAACUCAUUUGACAUUGUGUAAUUGGGCAGAAAUUUUUAACACAAAGUUAAAACAUAUUUAUCCAAAUAAAAAAUUUUAUUCUGUUUAUUUACAUGGUCUUUAUGAUUUUUGUCCUUUCUGAAACUGCUGUUGAGAAUCUUUAAAAUAAUUAAAAAUACAAUAAAUGA